AUGCAAGAAAGAAAUUGGAUCCUACCAAAUUAUCCCGCAAAACGAGUUCUGGAGAGUGAACCCAGAAGAUUCCGUUCGUCUUCGUCAUCAGACUCCAAAGCAUCGGAAGAAGAAAACGGCAGAAUUUCAGAGUUUCAGAGAAAUGGAAACAGAGAGAAGAACAAGAUGAAGACAGAUGAAGUUCUUAUAAAUGGAACAUUGUUAGUUUGCUAUAUUUUUGAACCCGGAACAAAGUCAUCAUAUGAUCCAUCAUUACAAGCUUUAUACUCCAUCUUGUGCUUCUUGGACUGCUUUGACAUAACUGUAGAUUUAGAUUCUGGUGGCAGUGUCGUCUUCUUCGUUGAAACAGAGGAGGAAGAGGAAGAUGUUUUCCUUUUGACAGGAAUAGUUUUAGCAUUUUUCUUUAUGGCACAACAACUUUUAUUGGCGAAUCUAGCUUAUGCUGUUGAAUCCUUUUUUUUUUCCUCUUGA